CGGGGAGGCCUGGAUAAUUUAACCCGCGAGAACCGCUGGUGGGAAACACUGGCGGGCGCCGGUGAGCGCGUAGUCCCCUGCUUGCCCAGCAGCUGCCACUUUCCUAAUGACCAUGAUAGUGUUUGUCCGGUUCAACUCCAGCCAUGGUUUCCCAGUGGAGGUAGAUUCUGAUGCCAGCAUCUUCCAGCUCAAAGAAGUGGUUGCUAAGCAACAGGGGGUUCCAGCUGACCAGCUGCGUGUGAUUUUCGCAGGGAGGGAGCUUUGGAAUGACUUGACAGUGCAGAACUGUGAUCUGGAACAACAAAGCAUCGUUCACAUUGUGCAGAGGCCGGGAAGGAAAGAUCAGGAAACAGAUCCAACUGGAAGGGAAAAGACCAGAAAUACUUUGGGAGCCUCUUCCAGGGAGUCCAAGAGCUUGACACGGGUGGACCUCAGCAGCUCCAUCCUGCCAGCAGAUUCUGUGGGUCUGGCUGUCAUUCUGGACACUGACAGCAGGAAUGAUUCAGCAGCAGUCAAAAGCCCAGGGUCCAUCGUGCUGGGAAGAUGUCUUGAUUCCAAACCAGAUGAGUGGUGAAUGCCAAUCUCCAGGCUGCCCUGGGACUACAGCAGAAUUUUUCUUUAAGUGUGGAGCACACCCAACCUCUGACCAGGACAAAUCAGUGGCUUUGAAUCUAAUAACAACCAACAGCCGGGACAUCACUUGCAUAGCAUGCACAGAUAUCAGGAGUCCUGUCCUGGUUUUCCAGUGUAAUCACCGCCAUGUGAUUUGCUUAGACUGUUUCCACUUGUACUGUGUAACUAGACUCAAUGAUCGGCAGUUCGUCCAUGACCCUGAGCUUGGCUACUCCCUGCCUUGCGUGGCUGGCUGUCCUGACUCCUUGAUUAAAGAGCUCCAUCACUUCAGGAUUCUCGGAGAAAAACAGUAUAACCGGUACCAGCAAUAUGGUGCUGAAGAGUGUGUGCUGCAGAUGGGAGGCGUGCUGUGCCCUCGCCCUGGCUGCGGAGCAGGGCUGCUGCCUGAGCAGGGCCAGAAGAAAGUCACCUGUGAAGCGGUCAGCAGCCUGGGCUGUGGGUUUGUCUUUUGCCGGGACUGCAAGGAAGUAUACCACGAAGGAGAAUGCAGCCCCCUAUGUGAAGCCUCAGGAGCAGGUGCUCAGGCCUACAGAGUGGAUGAGAGAGCUGCUGAGCAAGCGCGCUGGGAAGAAGCCUCCAAGGAAACCAUCAAGAAAACAACCAAGCCCUGCCCUCGCUGCAGUGUGCCAGUUGAGAAAAAUGGUGGAUGCAUGCACAUGAAGUGUCCACGGCCCCAGUGCAGGCUCGAGUGGUGCUGGACCUGCGGCUGUGAGUGGAACCGCACCUGCAUGGGCGACCACUGGUUCGAUGUGUAGCAGGCACAGUGGAGCGCACGUCUGGCCACCUGUCCUCUUGGAAGCGCACAGCGUCCUGUCUUCAUUUGCCCCUUUUCCUUCUCUCAAACACUUAAUUUGCGCAUGCGCACACAGACGUACACGCACAAACUCAGACUUCAAGUUCUUCCCAAAAAUCACAAAAGCAAAAUUACAGAAGUUGCUAGGUCCCUUUCACUGCAUCCAUAGAAAACAGCAAAGCCAAAUCUGACACCAGCAAGAGGCAUUUUCAGGCCCAAGAUCAUACAAGCACCAGCGCACAAAAUAAAGAUGAACCCAUUGUUUUGAAUGGACUGCUUUUCUUGCCUGAAUUCAAGUCAGGCUGGAUCAGGACAUAGAGCAAUUUCUCAGGUUUAAUUUCCUUCAUUUUACCUUCAGCAAGUACUGUGCAGAAGCCACUGGCAAGGUGGGCAGUAGUUUGAGAGGACUCUCACCAGUAGCAGUAUGCGAGAUUGACUGCUGUGAAUCCUCAGAACUAUGUUCAUGGCUGUCAGAGCAAUGUUCUUAUUUAAAUUUUCACAUAGCAUUUCUGCACAAAGAGCCCUAGGCAAUAGUCAAGAGUAUUUGUUUACCCCCAAGAAUUCUAUCUUUAUAAACUGUGCCUAUGAAAUAGUGACUAUGCACAAAUUAGCUUGUCAAUUAAGUGAGAAAUUACAAAAGCUAAUUUGAGUGUUGAAUAUGGAAAUUACAGAGAAGAAAGCAAAACUCAAUGUGCUUUCAUUCCAUUUAAUUAUUUGCAACUUUAUUAAGAAAUUGUUUUCCUGAAAAUAUUACAAAAUCUACGAUUUGAUUUUAAGUGUGUGUUUUGCAGCUUGGGAAUUUAGCUAGUAUGUUUAUGGUCAAUCUAAAUGUAAUGGAUAAAGUGCUGUAAAUGAGACACUUUUAGGCAUGAUUUCAUAAUGAUAGUCAUUGUUGACAAAAGUGCAGGUUAUUAAACAGACUCCUUAAAGAGGGACAUUUCCAGAGCUAAGUGAAAAUGCACUCGACCCUCUCCCGCAGGCCCAGGAGGGUGCACGCUUUCUCCACACCCCUCCCUUCCCCAGGCUGCAAGACCCCGCCCUGCCCACCACCCCCUCCCAGAGGGUUCCUGUAAAUGGAGCUUUUUGCAGAGGACAGUAAACCACACUAGAAUAUUCCUCAGGUUAACAUGCAUUGAAUUUGAGGGUGAUCAAGUUUGCAACACAUCAAAAAAAAAAAAAAUGGACACUGUGAAAUGCAUUUCUGCUGCACAGUUCAUAGAUGAAAAAGUGUAACCACUGCCUUUUGUUCUCACUGAGCUGUGACUUCCCAAGAAGAUGGUGAAUGUGCUGAGGUCAUACUGUGUGUCACUGGCACACAGAGUCCCUUCUGCAGCUGGAGACCUGGAAACUCUGAAAUCGGUACCCAGGCUCCCCUUUUAGACUUGCUGUUACAGGUCCUUGCUGGUGGAGAAGGGAUAACUCAGGAACUUUCCAGGUCAUGUUCCAAGGGCAUUUAUUUCUACUUCCCUACCCAUCUCAGCUAGUCCAUGUAUCCACGACUCCCAGCCAUCCAAGGAACAUUCUGCCCUCUGUUCCCCUCAUGGGUACCACACUGGGGUAAGACAGGUUUCUGUGGCUGCCACAUCACCACAAACAGCCUGAUGUGGCUUUACCCUGUUAGAAAACCCAGCCGCUCCAAUAGAGUCCCAGGUUGUCAGACUGGUCCAGAUCCGAAAUGUCAUACAAAAAUGAUGGGAUGCAGUUUCAGGAAAAGAAAGGCACCAGCGAGAGCCCAGGUUUCACAAAGAAAAGCGGAUGUACUGAGCCUGACCCCAAUCAGGGCUUGAAUUUGCGUCAUGGACAAUCCCAGCUCCUUGUGCUGACCCAGUGUGGCUAAUCAGGUGACACCCUACUGUCACGUGGGGGGCCGCCUCACAGCGUUUUGCAUAAGUGGCAGUGUGUUCUUUUCAAGUGGUUUCCAUAUGGCCUCCUAAAUCUGCAUGGUGUGUUGGGUUUGUGUGGCCAAAACAAGGUCUGCUGCUGUGAGUUUCUGGUACCACAGAAGUAUGGUGCUGUGUGGCUUCUAGCGGUCUUUUGCCUUUUCGGUGAUGGCCUUUUUCCUUCCUCCUUUUCUUCCUUCUUUCUUUUUUUUUCAGAAUAAAAUAGUGAUUCUUAAAAUAACUUUAAAAAAAAAGCCACUAUGUAUGAACAUGAAUCACAGUAUUAUUUGUGAUCAAACAAUAUUAUUUGAGCAUGCACUGUGUAAUAAAACAUGAUCAUAUCAAAAGAUGCAAAUAAAAUCUUUGCAGAAAAAUUUUUAUUUUUCUCUACCGUUAAAUAUCUGAUGAUUGUGGUUAAGGUUUUACUCAAGUUGCCAAUAAAAAGCAUUAAAAGAA